AUGGUGAAACUUGCAACUUCCCGGGAGUGCCGCGCCUACAGCCUCCGCCGUUCACGCAACCGCUGGGAAUACAUAAACGCCGCCCUCUACGUCUUCGCCGCCGUCCUCCUCCUCGGCGGCUCUGCAGCUCAGUUCUCAUCCCAAGACGCGAAGUCUGGCCUUGUCAUCCUUUUGAUAGGGAUCACCACUGUUGCAUUAGUGAACGUUCAUGAUCUUGUUGCUCAUUUGGCUGGGAUUGACUACUGCCUCUCUCUUGCUGCCCUUGAUGUCCAGUUACUACUUGUGGAGUUUGCUGUUCCUUUAGUUCACUUGCUUGGUUCCAUCCUUUUCUUUCUAUCCAUCCUCUUCUUUUUCAUUCAGACAGAGAAAGGGUACAACUACAGACUGGAAAAGUAUGCCAUGAGCAUGCUGAUUGUUGGUCCAGUAUUCUGGCUCAUUGGAUCCAUCCAUGAUGCUUGCCAGAUUUAUGAAAGAGCUGAUGGGCAACUCCAGAUCCUUCAGAAGAGUGUUCAGGUUCCUUCUCUCUUUGGGAGUUUGCUCUUCUUAGUUGGUGGUAUAUUCAACAAGCAUGAAAGCCAUGAAUUCAAGAUACUGGGGAGGAGCUGGACCUGGCUGUCCAUAUUUGGAAGCUUGUUGUUUAUAGUUGGGGGGUUGAUGAAUGUAGUGAAGGUGUUCAAGAUGCAGCAAAUGGAUGGAUUGGGGCUGGAGAAGCUUAGAGGUGGCGCCCAAGAAAGGUUGAGCAGGAACAGGGAGGGUAGAAUUCCCUUGAUCUUGGAGGAGAAUACAAGGAGAAAGAAGCCAGUGGUACACCCAAGAGAGGAAACAAGGCCAGUUCCCGUUCCUGUUCCAGUUCAAGCUCCAGCUCCACUGCCAGUCCCUACACCAUACAAGGAUGUUCUUCUUAGCAACCAAGCCUGAGUAACUGUUGUUCUG